AUGGUAUGUUGGAUAGAAGGAUGUGUUAUUGUCUUAUCAUUGUCCAAGUAUAUUGCAUUGGUAAGAUCCACUUGUCUUACUAAAUCCACAAUCUUUGCUUUGAUUUUUUUUCAUACUUUCCAGAAGCAGAAGUGUGUUCCACUAGAAGAUCUUGCUGGAGAGUUUGGAAUGCGAACACAGGACUGCAUAAACCGAAUUAUUACGCUUGAAGGCAUGGAUAGAUUAUCUGGCGUGAUGGAUGACCGUGGAAAGUUCAUCUACAUAUCAAUUGAGGAGAUGCAGGCCGUUGCAGACUACAUCAGGAAGCAUGGGAGGGUGAGCAUAUCACACCUGGCCAACAACUCGAAUGAAUUCAUAGAUCUGGAGCCAAAGCCCCUGUAUGAUGAGAAGGAGGAGAGUCAUCAAGAUGAAAGCGCCCCGGCAGGCGUAGUUGCGGAGGCCUGAUGAGUACUCACGGUCGAGCUUAUUGCCCCUGCAACAAAGCAUCAAUCGUUUUAAUUUCUGUGCAAGAUCAGGUACAUGUUUUCUAGAAAUGUUACUAUAGUUUGUGCUAACCUUGGUGGCGGCUUGGCAUCUCGGACUUGACAAGAUCAAAAAGGGUUAUUACAUCAUCGGAAAUUCAGAGCUGGUGCUGAAAUUUUUCUUUUUUGA